AGGGGAGGCCAAGUUUGUUGCCAGUAAUGCACUUGUGCAAAAGUAUCGCCUAUAGAUUGUGUUCAGACCAAAUCUGGUCAACAAUACGCAGUUCUGACACGUUUCACAAAAUGUAUAGCAGCACUUCUCCAUUACACUCAGGCAUCGUGUCACUAAACAGCAACUUUAGCACAAUUUUAAACACUCAGUCCGUCAGAGGAUCAGAGGAAGUGAACGAACACAGGAAGAGCUGAUCGUAUCUAAAGAAAGAGUUGAGAGCAUAUAAUGAAGAGGAAGACUGACAGAAAGAGAAGAUGGCUGAUGAGUGUGAUCUGUGUCUGCUGGGACUCAUCUUUCUCUCUUCACUUCUCUCAGGUUCCAGUGAAGUGAAUGAUGCUCAUGUGUUCAUCAGUUCUGGUCAAAAUGUCCGUCUGUCCUGUAAUAAUGCUCUUCAUGACUGUAACUCAACUACAUGGAUCUAUAACAGAUUCAGAGAUUCAGCAGCAGUUGAACUGAUUAAUUCAGGGAUAAAGAAGAAAGACGCAGAGAGACAUGAGAGACUGAGUCUGGGGUCUAACUGCUCUCUGAACAUCAACAACAUCACAGAAGAAGAUUAUGGGUUUUACAUCUGCAGACAAUAUGUGAAUAAACAACAAGGAACUGAUGCUCGUGUGUUUCUGCAUGUUCUUCAUCUCUCUUCAUCUUCAUCAUCCUCACAGACUGAGAUCAGUGCAGGCCGCUCUGUGACUCUCUUCUGUCAGUUGUAUCCAUAUUCAUAUGCUGGAGUCUCUUGUGAUGAUUGGAUCCGUUCUGAGGGAAUUGAGCUGUUCUGGGUGAAUCAGGCUGGUGUUAAACUGAAGAUAUCAGACUCCAGAUAUCAGAUAUCAGCAUCAGAUCACUGUAACAUCACUCUGACUACAACACUCCUGAAUGAAGAUCACAACAGAGAGUGGAGAUGCAGUGUUACUCACAGAGAUCGAGUCCAGAGCUCAGUCACAUAUACUGUCAAGAGUUCAGUAUUUUCAGAGCUGUGAUCUCACUGUUGUUACUGUGAUCAUCUCU